AUGGACGAAAUUAUCAAGCUGGUCAAGAAUAAAAAGGAAUUCGGCGAUUCGAUUAUAUCAGAUGGUGUGUCAGCGUCGGUGUUAUUCAAAUUGCUGAAACAGAGCAAAACUGUUACUGAUGAAGAAGAGGUCGAAACCAAACGAAAAUAUUUCGCAAACGAAUUCGCGUAUGCAUUGGAAAUUGAGUCAGGCAUGCGAACCUUUAUUGCGUCGGUCCGCCUCGAUCUACAGACCGGCGAAGAGACCAACGAGAAGAUUUCGUUCAAACAAUACCACCAGAAAUCGAAGCAAGAUGCGCGCAACAUUAAAGCCGAACGAAUGACACGAGUCUUCACGUAUGACGAACAAGCAGACCUCAAACGUAUCGCCGCAGAGAUUGGCCAGACACCAUCGCCACGGAACAUCUCUUGGCGCCAUUACAUCGAACAUCGCCUGCGAAUGUCCCAAGAUGGUAUCGCGGCAUACAGUCAGAAAAACUAUGCACGCUUACGUUUGGACAAACACAUUGAAUGGCGUCGUGCAAUUGAUCUCAUCGCCGGUAAGCUGGUACAUUUCAAGACAGCUAUCAUCAAACGACCAUUCUAA